AGCGCCGGGGCCGUCCGCAGCGCCGCUCUGCCGGCGCCAUGAGCCUCCUCACCACGGCCCCGCUGCGGGUCGCCGGCCGCCACACCAGCACCGACCUCAACUACAUCAUCAAGGAGCAUUACAACUACACGGGGAAGCUCAACGAGAACGCGGACAGCGGCAUACGAGUCACCUCGGUGGUUUUUAUUGUCAUCUGCUGCUUUAUAAUCCUGGAGAACAUUUUUGUCUUGCUCACCAUCUGGAAGACCAAGAAGUUCCACAGGCCCAUGUACUACUUUAUUGGGAACCUGGCGCUUUCGGACCUGCUGGCCGGAGUGGCCUACACCGCCAACCUGCUGCUCUCAGGGCACAAAACCUACAGCCUCACCCCCUCGCAGUGGUUCGUGAGGGAGGGCAGCAUGUUCGUGGCCUUGUCGGCGUCCGUGUUCAGCUUGCUGGCCAUCGCCAUCGAGCGAUACAUCACCAUGCUGAAGAUGAAGCUCCACAACGGCAGCAACAGCUUCCGCUCCUUCCUGCUCAUCAGCGCCUGCUGGGUCAUCUCCGCCAUCCUCGGCGGGCUGCCCAUCAUGGGCUGGAACUGCAUCAGCCUCCUGUCCAACUGCUCCACGGUGCUGCCCCUCUACCACAAGCACUAUAUCCUCUUCUGCACCACAGUCUUCACGGGCCUUUUGCUGUCCAUCGUCGUCCUCUAUUGCAGGAUCUACUCCAUGGUGAGGACUAGGAGCCGCAGGCUGACGUUUCGGAAAAACAUUACCAAAGCCACCAGGAGCUCAGAAAAGUCCUUAGCUUUGCUCAAGACAGUGAUCAUAGUCCUGAGUGCCUUCAUAGCCUGCUGGGCUCCCUUGUUCAUCCUGCUUUUACUGGACGUGGGGUGCAAGGUGAAAACCUGCCCCAUCCUCUUUAAGGCAGAGUAUUUCUUAGUGCUGGCUGUGCUCAACUCGGCCACGAACCCUAUCAUCUAUACCUUAACGAACAAAGAGAUGAGGAGGGCUUUCAUCAAGAUCCUGUGCUGCUGCAAAUGUCCCCCCGCAGACGCUGGCACCAAAUUCAAGCGGCCGAUCAUCGGCGGGAUGGAGUUCAGCCGGAGCAAAUCCGACAACUCCUCCCACCCGCAGAAGGAGGAGGGCGACCGUCCCGAAACCAUCAUGUCUUCAGGCAACGUCACCUCGUCGUCUUAGCGAGCGCAGGGGCCUGAGCGGGAGCCGUCCCUCCGGAGGCCGCGCGCCGGGCGAGCAAGUAGCGAUAGUUGUAGCGGGGCAGGCGGCGGCUCGCGAGGCCGCGCGGCCACACGCGGCUCUGCCCCAGAGCCACCUCCCCGGAGCCUCUCUGGUCCUUGCGCUGAGCGGGAGCAAGGGAGCAGGCGAGGAGAGAAGGGGAGAACGAGGUCUUGUUUUUUUUUCCUGUGAGAAGAAUGUGAAGUUGUUGGUUUUUUCUUUACUUUGCAGCAAAACACUGACACAAAGAUCCUUCGGUCCCGAGCGUAGCCGUGGCUCUGCUCUACCUGGGCAGAAGCGUUUGUCUAGCACGUAGCAAGGGGGAGAUCCGAGCAGCACCAAGCUGUAAUUUUGCAUCCCUUUCCAGAGCUCCCAGUCGAGCCGCAAGGUUUUAUUGGCAGCAUGCAGAGGGGUUGGCGUUGUAUUCAGCAAGGCUGUAGCCGUGAAGUUUCGCCGGUGCUCCCCAGCGCGCUCCAAGGCCAGGAGCCGGGCUCUGCAGUUGCUUUUCACCGACCCACACGCCGACUGCUGCCACUUGUAGGGAGCAGCUCGGAGGGGCAUUUGGCCCCAUACAUCAAUGGCCUUGUUAACGCGUGCGUUACCUUGGCAAAUGCAAGGUAGAGCUAAAGGCCGUCGCCCUCUAAGAUGAGGGAAUGUCAAUCUAAUAGUAUAAAAUACUAUUGACAACGGUAGGACUUUUGUUGAAGUAAAAAACAAAAAAAAAGAAAAAACAAAGCAAAACCUGAAGGGUAAUUUCAGUGUUAGGUCCAUAGUAUUUCCAAAGGUAAAGAUUAGUCAGGACAUCUGAAAGAAAUACCUUGAGUUUCAGAAAAAAUUAAAGUGAAACGAUUGCGGAUAAAUGCACUUCCAUAACAAAUUGCAAUACACAGUUUGGCGCCUUUUAUUAAUGUUGGUAAUUUCAGCAAAGAUGUCUGUAUCUUAUCAGUUCGUGGAAGAAGUACCUUGCAUUAAAUUGAAUGUAUUUGUUUUACACCGUCAUUUUUAUUCCUCUGUUUUUCUAACCUGUGCUAAUGGGGUUGAAUGUGUACAAUGUAAAUAAUUUAAAAAGAUGCAGGAGACUUCAUGCAUCUAGGGUAUUACUGUAACAAAAGUGGUAUAUCCGGGAUAGCUGAGAGCAAUUGACUGAUUUACAGUUAUUGGCAAUUCUUAAAAAUUUUUUUUGUAAAGAAAAUAUAUUGCCUUUGUAGUGAGAUUUCC